GGAUGCUGCUGGGUGUGUGUGUGUGUGUGCGGAAACUGACAGGUAGAGAGAGCUGCCGUCUCUCGGUGAGUCGCAGGCGAUGCAACGAACAGAUUUUAGUAAAUAUUCAGAUAUGAGGUUCAUACAAACAUAACCAGAUGUUUGCAUAACUUAUAGCUCCAGAGUUUGAGUGCAGCAGUGGACGUGGGCGAAGAAGAGACACCGCAAGGAACAGAUUCAACCAGUCAGCUGGCUCCGGGAGAACCGAUCACACCAACCCGGCUUCCGGGGAUUCAGGGGCCGCAUCGGUUGACGGCAGACGUCGGUGGGAGAAUCAGGGCGAAACAUCAUCCAGCCGCACAUCAACCAUCUCAAUAACAGCCACUUUUUCUUCCGAGAUGUCAAGAAAGCUACAAAGGACAGAAGUCUGCGCCGACUGCAGUGCGCCAGACCCGGGCUGGACCAGUAUCAACCGAGGGGUCCUGAUCUGUGAUGAAUGCUGUUCUGUCCACCGCAGCUUAGGCCGCCAUAUCUCCAUAGUCAAGCACCUGAGGCACAGCGGAUGGCCUCCCGCACUACUGCAGAUGGUUCAGACCUUGGCCAGUAACGGGGCCAACUCCAUAUGGGAGCACAGUCUCCUGGACCCUGCUCAGGUACAGAGCGGACGUAGGAAACCCAACCCCCAGGACAAAGUCCAUCCCACUAAGUCAGAGUUCAUCAGAGCCAAAUACCAGAUGCUGGCCUUUGUGCACAAGCUGCCCUGCCGCGAUGAUGAUGGCGUCACUACCAAGGACCUCAGUAAGCAACUUCACUCAAGUGUGAGGACGGGGAGUUUAGAGACGUGUCUUCGGCUCCUGUCCCUCGGCGCUCAGGCCAACUUCUUCCACCCGGAGAAAGGCACUACCCCGCUCCAUGUGGCGGCCAAGGCAGGCCAGAUCCUGCAGGCUGAGCUGCUAGUGGUGUACGGUGCAGACCCCGGAGCACCUGACAUCAACGGACGCACACCUAUGGACUACGCAAGACAGGCGGGCCAUAUAGAGCUAGCAGAGCGGCUGGUGGAGUGUCAGUAUGAACUGACGGACAGACUAGCCUUUUACCUUUGUGGACGGCGCCCAGAUCACAAGAAUGGCCAUUAUAUCAUUCCUCAAAUGGCAGACAGAGCUCGUCCUAAGUGCCCGACACAGAGUUUGGACCUCUCAGAAUUGGCCAAGGCUGCCAAGAAGAAGCUCCAAGCGCUCAACAAUCGGCUGUUUGAGGAGCUAGCGAUGGAUGUCUAUGACGAGGUAGAUCGCAGAGAAAACGAUGCAGUGUGGCUUACGACCCAGAACCACAGCACUCUGGUCACAGAACGCAGUGCGGUGCCCUUCCUACCAGUCAAUCCUGAAUACUCUGCCACACGCAACCAGGGCCGUCAGAAGCUGGCCCGUUUCAACGCUCGGGAGUUUGCUACACUCAUCAUCGACAUCCUGAGUGACGCCAAAAGGAGACAGCAGGGGAAAGGUCUCAGCAGUCCUACUGACACAUUGGAUCUGGGCAUUGAUGAUGACCAGCAUGAUUACGACAGCGUAGCCUCCGAUGAAGACACAGACAGCGAGCUGACCACCCAGAACAACAACAACACGCAACGCAGCAACCGUGCAAAGAGUAUGGACUCAUCAGACUUGUCAGACGGCCCCAUCACCCUGCAGGAGUACCUGGAGGUGAAGAAGGCCCUGGCCUCCUCAGAAGCCAAGGUGCAGCAGCUCAUGAAGGUCAACAACAACCUGAGCGAGGAGCUCCGGCGGCUCCAGAAGGAGAUCACGCGGAUGCAGACAGAGAACAGUUCGCUGCGGGGGGGCCAGCAGGCUGGGGGGCCAGCUGGCCAUGGGGUAGGGGGGCCUGGCGGAGGAGGAGGAGGAGGGGGAGGAGGCCACUGGCAAGGGGGUGGGAUGAGAAUAGGAAUGAGCGGAGGGGGUCAUGGUGGGUUUGGGACAGGAGCGGACCCCCCGGGGCUGUCGGUGUCCUCCUCGGUCGCCCCCAACUCCCAUCCCCACCGAAGGGACCGCCAGGCCUUCUCAAUGUACGAGCCAGGGGCGGCCCCCGGCCCCACGGCCCAUGGUCCCCCAGUCCUGGACUCCCUGGCAGCCCGCCUGCAGCCCCUCAACACACACAGCGUACGGAAGGGCAGUACAGGGGGUCCUGCAAUGUAUGGAGGUCAUCACCUGUCUGGCUCUACGGAGAUGGGCAGAUACAUGGUCCCCAAAUCAGAGAGGAAAGGCAGUGGCACCGACAGCGACUAUGACAACACACAAACAUACGACCUCUCGCUAAGUAUGGGCCGCAGCAGUGAGGACUCUGAGGAGGGAGGAGGUGGGGAUGGGUGUGAACCGGACCCCACCCUGCCCUGCACAGAGGAUGUCAUACUGAAGACUGAGCAGGUGACCAAGAACAUCCAGGAGCUGCUCAGGGCCGCUCAGGAGUUCAAACACGACAGCUUUGUUCCAUGCUCUGAGAAGAUCCACUCUGCUGUCACUGAGAUGGCCUCACUUUUCCCCAAACGCCCGGCGUUGGAUGCAGUCCACUGCUCUCUCCGCCUGUUGGCUUCCAGUGCCUCGCGGUUGCAGGUGGAGUGCCGUAAGGCAGGGCCCUCGGAGCCCGGGGGCCCUGCGGUGGACUACCAACUCCUCACUCAGCAGGUCAUCCAGUGCGCCUACGACAUCGCCAAGGCUGCCAAGCAACUGGUCACCAUCACCACUCGCGAGAAGAAACAGUGACCCAACAAGUGCAUGGAUGGAUGGACGGAGAGGGAAGAGGGAGAGAGAGCGGAUCAACGCAUGGGUGGGCUGAGAGGGAUGGGAGGGGCUUCUAGGAGAGGAAGAAAACCUGAUCACACUAUGGAUGGGAGAACGAGGGAGGAGGAGUGAUCGGGAGAAUGAUGGGUGCGAUGAGGAAAGGAAAAGUUUGGAAUAUGCAUGGAAAAGGAAUUGAUUGUUCAGUAGAAACACUACAGAGGACUGAAAAAGGAGAAAUUCCACAAGUGUGGAAGUGAAAGUAGGGAAGGACAAGUGGAAGGAUCCAACAUGGGAACUACAGCCUGCUGCAACCUAAAUAAACUGUUGGAAUCAGAUGUGUAUAAUAAACCGCUUAAACUGUGAUAAGCAUACGUGAACGACAAUGGUGUCGAUGUACAGCGAACUGGAUCCGGAGAUGUUACCGCUUUAUUUAUUCCUCACCUGGUCACUCGUCAUCCCUCCCUCUCCCUGUUUACCUGAGCUCGGGAGUGAGGAAGUGAAUGCUGCGAGAGAGGGAAGUAGAUAGACCCAACCUCGAUGUACCUCCACGCCAUCUCCGUCCUGUGGAGUCAGGACUUUCUCUCCUCUGCCCCUCUCUCUCCUUCCAACCAGACGCGAGGCCCCUCUGUCUCCCAUCCCGUCCCAGACAGGAUGCGCUUGCGGAGCAGAGAAGGACCCCCUGGGUACCCAUCCAUCUCCACCCCACUCAUCACCCCACCCAGGAUCUCAGAUGCUUCCUCCUGGGUUAGCUUUGACAGGGUGCUCCAGCUUUUCUCCGACCCGUCGCCCCCCUGUUGUUGGCGGUACACAGCAUGAUCUGGCAUGUUUUAAUUUCUCUCCUCUCUCUUCUUUUAAUUUUUUUUUUGUUUGUUUGUUUUUUAAAUAUGCAGAUUGGUUUGGUCUGCACCUCCUGAGGACAAACUGACUUACACAAACAAAACACUUACACUGGAAUAAUUGUGACUUAUUGUUGUUUAUCAUGCCUAUUGUUUUUUCUUUUGUAUUGAUAUUUUUACUGACUGUCAUCUUGAUUUAACUGUUGUUAUGUAUGUUUAUUUUAUUGUCUCAAAUAUGAUUCUCAUUUAGUGGAAUAGGGAGACAGGUGGGAGUAUGUGCUCAACUGGGAAUUAAGUAAACAUGCACACACAUAUAUGAGAAAUAACCUGUGAAAUGGUUCCUCAACAUUUCUCAAGCACUCCUUUUCUGGGCGACAGCUGAGGUUUUUUUUUUUUCAUGUUGAUGUGAUGUGUCCUGUGGCCAAGGGGUUGAACAGUUGCCAAAGGGGAGAGGGUGUUGGGGGGAGAUUUGUUUUUGGUUUUGAUUUUCUGUCAGACCGAAAGCCCCUUGGUGCAUUAUGACAGGACCUGGAUCAAAAUACUUGUUUCAUGCAUCCUCAGCUGUCUUUUUUGGACUUCUCUUACAAUUUGCCUCAUUUAACAGAGCCAGUGGAAUCAUCUCAGAAUCAAUCUCAUAUUUCAUAUUUGCUGUGCCAAGCAGGAUAAUAUUUGGUCCAGUUUGUGUAUGAGGAUUAACUCCCCCCUAGUCUAUUUACAUGGCAGGAGUGCUCCUGAGUGCUUGUAUUACACAGCAGCCAUUAUUUGCAUGCAUGGUAUCAGUCACAUUAAGUUGAUACACGUACUGGUAUGUUACAGUUAAGCUUUAAGUAGUCCUGUGGAAAGCACCGGAUCCAGAUCUGGCAACCUGGAAAAGUAAAUAUGACGAGAGAUAUUCGUCAUUGCAUCAUUUCACAUGAGAAUGUACGCCCAUUUGAAAUGGAUUCAACCACCUCAGGUGUGCUCGAUGUAGUUUGCCAUGUAUUAUGUUCACUUUUUCGACUGUCUGGCAAGCACAAUCAAGCCCACGUUCUGUUUUUCCGAUUGAUUCUCUGUCACGGCCUGCUGAUCUGGGCCACAGAAGUUGUCACUUCUGGCUCACUGUCUCUGGACUCUGCCAAUGGGAGACAGCAUUGGGAACAAAGAUGUUUCUUUUGUUUUUAUAUUUUUGUUUUUCAAAAAAGACAGCGCACUUAGCCUACUGUAGGUUUAAAGCUUGUUGUACUGUGCCGAACAAAUAUGGUCAUAUCUGUAACACAAAGGAUGCAGAUGGGAUCUAAAAAAGUCUUUCCUAGCUGCCAGGAGGACCGUCCUCUUCUAGUUUAGAUUCACCUCUGACCCUUCUCCAAAGUGUUUGUGGCUUUAAUAGUUGGUUGAUCUUGCGUUGGUAUAUUGUGUAAUCAGGCUCGGUGCUCAGAAAGCCACAUUAAAUUUACUAGCCUGAAACAUUGACCUCAUCCUUCAAACAGCUGUUGCAUCUCAAUUUCUUUCUUUUUUCUCGUAUUGCUGCCUUUUAGCAAGAAGCAAUUAGACCUUAAUUAGCCCCAAACACUUUGAGAGACUGAUGCUAGAUCACCUUCAGCACUUCUCUGUCCACUUUAUUCAUGUUAAUUUUUCACUCCCUCCCCUCCCCCGUUAUCACUCGGGGUCUCUGACUGUCAGUGUUCGUCAGUCUCUCACACAGUUGCACACAUGCCUCUGAAGGGGAGAGUGGAUUGUUUGUUCUGUUCCCUGUCAAAACAAAUCAUGUCCAGAAGACUCAUGAAAUGUAUCAUUGUUUGAUAUCGGAUGCCUUUUGGACAUUAUCAUCAUCUCCUGUUUGACUGGCUGAGUUACAGCGAUGUUGUACUGACUGCUGAAACAACACAAAUACUCCCAUACACACACACACAAACGCACGCAAAGGGGGCCAGCAGAAAAGCUUGCUCCCUUCAAUCAUGAUUGCCCAAGUUUUAGACUAGAGCCAUAUAUAUGAACAUAUAUUUUCAUGCUAUAUUUUAUAUUAAGCUAUAUGUUAGGGUUAUGUCCGCGAGAUAUUUAUGUCUAUUUGUUGGCCCAAGUGGGCUUCAGGCUACGGGAUCUGUUCACCAAAUCGUCAGUCAGCUCUUCAGUCUUGACACCAAUGUACUUGUAGAUAUUUUAAGUCUUGUGAGUAUGGUUAUGCUGUGGUAUUACCCCCCCUUUUAUGUAGUUAUAUUGUACAUAUUCAUGAUCCUACUAGAAUCCGCAGGAAGCAAAGAGCGAGAACGGCAGUUUGACGUAGGCGAUUACUCGGCGGUGUUGGUCUGAGUUGCACUAUUUUCAAACACCAGCUGGGUGACGUAGGAUCUACAUUAUGUACUGCACUCUCCCAAAGGUUUUAGUUCAAGUACAUUAGGUGCAGGAUGCAGGGUUUGAUUCGGGAUGGGGCAAUAGGAAAGGUCUGAAGCACACUUAGGCUUAGCACUACAGUCAUCUCAAAAUGUCGGGAGGACGGUCUAAAACGCACAUGGCCUCGUCCUUCCCCGAGUUGGUAGACACUACGUAGGGUGCCUCUAGUAUGAAUGUUAAAUGCUUCCGUCAGUUCAUGUCAAAAAACACACUUUCUACACCUUCAUCAUGUCCAAGAUUCAGCACAUUCUCUCCUACAUCAAACACACACCCUCAACUUAUCAGUUGGACCAAGCCUUCUACAAAGUACAAACAUUAAAUCUGCAGCCGGUGAAUUAUACACACACACUUCUGAUAGGCAGCCAUUGGCAGUGCACUGUGGCCUGUACUGUUGCUGUCCCUGUGUUUCUUCACAGCUCCACACUUUGGGAGAUGGGUGAUGGGAGAGUUAUCUUUUAACAGAAGACGUUAAAAACUGUAUAAAGUAGAAAGAAAACAAGGACUUAAAACAGGUCAAUCGUAAUGGAAACUCAUAAGCUGUACAUUUGUAAUAAAAUAGUAAAACAAGUCAA